GUGGUUGCCGCGUGCGGCGGCCCGUUUGUCACUGGCGGUGAUCGGAACAUUGGCGCUGAGCAGUUGAUUGGGUCCCAGUGGGUUGACCACCUCGGGGCCGCCGUGAUUCGCCCGCCAGGCUCGACGUGCCACAGCACCUGCUAUGGCUUUUUCGUGCUGAGUCGACGGCUGUACUACCGCAUCCAGGACUGCCUGGAGAUGCCAGGCGCGCCUGUGAGGCCGCACUCAGCGGUCACUUUGAAGCUGCGCCAAGUGGCUGGGCAGGCCAAG